AUGGUGACAAUGAUCCAGAAUGGUGACCAUGAUUGUGAAAUGCUACAGGAGGUUAGACAGGCUACAAAAUCAGAAAACACAAUAAUAAUGGGUAAUAUCAACUACCCUCAUAUUGCUUGGCAGAUACAAGGAACAAUCUUCCCAGCUCCAAAUUUCAACCCAGUUAUGGAUGCCCAGAUGCUGGGGGGAGCCCUACAGGGGAUAGGUUGUGAAAAGGACAUGGUGAUUGAUAUUCUAACACAGCGUUGCAAUGCACAAAGACUUAUGAUUGCAGAGGCUUACAGGGACAUGUAUGGCAGGGAUUUGAUUAUGGACCUGAAAGAGAAUCUCUCUCAUCACUUCAAAGACGUUAUGGUUGGCCUGAUGUAUCCACCUGCAUCCUAUGAUGCCCAUGAGCUCAGGCAUGCUAUGAAGGGAGCAGAGAUGGAAGAGAACUGUCUAAUUGAUAUAUUAGCCUCAAGAUCAAAUGGGGAGAUCUUCCAAAUGAAAGAAGCCUACUUAAUGCAAUACAACAAUGAUCUUCAACAAGACAUUUAUUCUGAGACUUCAGGCCACUUCAGAGACACACUUAUGAACCUCGCUCAGGGAACCCGGGAGGAAGGAUAUGCAGAUCCUGCUAUGGGUGCUCAGGAUGCAAUGAUCCUAUGGGAAGCAUGUCAGCAGAAAACAGGGGAACACAAAAACAUGAUGCAAAUGAUCCUGUGCAACAAGAGUUACCAGCAGUUGUGGAUGGUUUUUCAGGAGUUCCAAAACAUCUCUGGGCAAGAUAUAGUAGAUGCUAUUAAUGAAUGUUACGAUGGAUACUUUCAAGAACUGCUGGUAGCAAUAGUUCUCUGUGUUCGAGAUAAACCUUCCUAUUUUGCAUAUAGGCUUUACAAUGCAAUCCAUGAGUAUGGUUUCCAUAAUAAAACUGUUAUCAGGAUUUUGAUUGCCAGAAGUGAAAUAGAUCUGAUGAAUAUAAGACGACGAUACAAAGAGAGAUAUGGGAAAUCUCUGUUUCAUGAUAUCAAACAUUUUGCUUCAGGACAUUAUGAGACAGCUUUACUUGCCAUCUGUGCUGGUGAUGCUGAAGAUUAUUAAAGGAAGAAGAUAAUGAAUUUUGAAAGCUGUAUGGCUCCAUUUUUAAUAGAAAUCCAAGCCAGCCACAUUUCCUAUAACUAUUAGUUAUUCCUGCUCUAUAUAAAAAAGUGGACGAAUCAAUGCUAGAUAUUUUCUAACUUUAAAUCUUUUUGAAAACAAGACAAAUGUACA